GCCAAAACACAAAAAAAAGACUCCUUAGAUUCAUCGCUGAGUUGCAGCAGGCCGAGAACCUCUCUCUCUCUCUCUCUCUUGUGCCUCCUGAACAGUGUCUACUGCUACUAUGUAAAUGUGUCUCCUGGAAGAUCGCAUAUAUGUCUGUAUUAUGUGCUAUGCAGUCUACACACUCUAUUAUACGGUGUAAACAGAAAACGACCACGAGAUAUUACAUUAUAUUUUGUGGCGACACUUUUUUUUUAUCUCGUAAACCAAGAACAACCCUUAAAAAAAACCUUCUUGUACACACAGAAUGAGGUAUGUGAGCGUGUGUUCCCCAUUGUUGUCAAACUGGGGAUUCAAGAACUUUUGCUAUUGAGCCAUAAUUUCUAAUUAUCUCUUCUUUCCUUCGAUUGUCGAAAUUUGGGGGAGAGGGGAGGUCUGAAUAGGUAAGCAGGUAGGUAGGCAGAUAGGAGCCAAAUAGAACGGGCUAUUCUCUCUUUCUCUUUUCCCUGCUUCCUUGUUCAUACAUAGCAAUUGUAUACACCAUUCUACAUAAUCACCAGCACCAGUAUAUCAUAUCUCCCCCACUAUGGUUACCAACGUCCACCGUCGACUGAGUGCCUUAUCACUCAAAUAUGCUUUUGACGAACAGCGCUCUUUUCUAUCUCGCGGAUUCCAGAAGAUUUUC